AUGUUUAGGCCUGCCGUAUUCACUAUCGCUGUAUUCCUUUGCGGCUUCGUGCAAAUAUGCAAUGCGCAACGGACGACCAGCAUCCUGAUUCAAAACGACUCCGGUGAAGACAUCUCGCGAGUCGUCGCUGAGUACUCACGUUUUUAUGGUGGCCGGGCUCCGAUUCGCGAAUCAUUUGAUGACAUUGCUGAUGGUGAUAACGCGGAAUCGCUCGAUCUUCGCAUGCCCCGUGGAGAGCCGUGUGUGAGGACUCGGUUGAAGUUUCGAGCAGACGGGAAUAACUACCAUACAGCGUGGUUCUCGCUUCAGAAUCGACAGCACAUUCAACAGGUGAUCUUCAAGCUAAAUGGGCUUUCGGGAUUCUCGGCGCAACUUACGGAAGAAGCCGAUGGUUCACGUCUUAGCGCAGCACGCUCGACCACAACGUUCUUUCAAGGAACGAGCAAAGCAGGAGAUGUUUCUAAGGCGCUUUUGGACGCUGCAAACAACGCUCUUGCCGCAAACCCGACAUUCGUAAGAUGGGAGCUUGUUACAGUAACAGGCAGCCGGGGAGGAAUUAUCGGGGCAAAGGAUGUUACGGCGAUUAUUCGAGUGCUCUCGGAUGACUCCAAUGGUGCUAAACAAACGCAGAAGUCGGCUGGUUACAGCGCCCCUGCUGAUGGUCGUCACUCUGGGUAUAUCAGGUUGAUCAAUGAAACUGAAGAUCUUCACGAUGUUGUCGUUACGGUCUCAAACUGGCGCCACACUCAAAACUGGUCCGUGCAAAAUGGAAGACCGCGAACGCUACGUAAUCUCCCAAGUGUGGGCUAUGGCGUUGCCGCGUUUAAUCCCACUCAUCCACGACUUCGAGCCAUCGGUGGUGACUCAUUUCAACUGGCAGUCCCGUUUGAGAUCACGGUGACUGGAAGCGCAAGAGACUACACCGUGAAUAAACAUUGCGCGGUGUCGGACGAUGCCGAAACAAUCGCUGCCCAUGAUAAGGGUCGCAGCGGAUUUGUUUCUGACGGUCAACAGGAGGUUGACUCAGGCUUUUCGUGGCCGAAAGCACGACAUGUUGAUCGCCCUGAGCUGUCCAAAGAAUGGCUGGACGCCCCGAUCGCUUCAUCGGAUUUUCCAGAUCAGCUCCAGAAGACUGUCUGCGAUGAAGACGACCGGGUACGAACUGGCACAGGUGUCGGCUGGUUUCGAAGCGUUAAUGGUUGGAUCGAUGACAAAGAUCCUGACUACGAUUACGGGGCAAUAAUUCUUCCAGACGAAACGCUUUAUCAGAGCGUCCGUGCCUAUUUUGGAUUUCAAAUUCGAACGAGCGACGACCUCUUGGGAAUUACGGCACACAACAGCGGAUACCCAACUGACAGGGACACUAACGCACAGUAUUUCAAUGCGGACCCGAUAAGCGCCGUCGAAACACGUCGACUUCGCUACAUGAUCGAUACGCACGGUGGACAGAGUGGAAGCCCUGUGUGGCGAUUCGCCGAUGGUAGUCGAUAUGUCGUCGGUGUUCACACAACGGGCGACUGCCCGAACGGUGCCACAAGAGUAAUUCGUUCCGUAUUUGAUAACUGGCAGGACUGGAAGGCCGAGGGAUAA